CGCUUGCUGCCCUCAAACAGGAGUUUGAAGGCAUGUGGUAUCACCAGUCGCAAGGAUGAACCCUCACUCCGAGACUACUGCAUCUUGUCCCCAUCCUUGUCUGCGAUGAAAGGAACUACAUCCAAGAACUUUCAAUGGAGGCUGGUAGACACUGUCCCCGAAGGUUUCCACAUCCGACAUCUUGUUCAGUCGCCAUCUGCUAUGACGGCAAGUGACUCAUCCCGUAUUCGAACAAUGAAAGGAAGCGCAUCGCCAGACACUGGAGCACCACAGUCACCAGACACUAUCUGGUGUCUGUUGGACACCGUCUCGACGACGACAUUAAUCGGAAGCUUUCGCGUGAUGGCGCUUUCGAACAGCGCAGUCCGGCUUCUCACAAUUCAAUUCGACCUCCCGAGCUCACUCCAAGCACUCAAUCAUGCUGCGUCGACUUGCCUAUGUGGCCACCACAAUGGCGACAUUGUCGGUGAAUGCAGCAUACGCCACAACCUUCUCGACACUCGGUGGGGACAACGGCACCAACACGGUGGCUCAAGUGGCUCCAAGCGACGAUGUCUCCCAGUACGACCAGAGCUCUUCGCCUCCUACGUCAAUCAACUCCAACUCUUCUACAACGGAGCAAGGCCAGAUUCAGCAGAAUGCCUCCGGUUCAGCGUCGUCGCAACAGAAUUCGACCCACAUCCAGUACAGCAUCCGCAACGGCAACGUAUCCAGCGUGGGGGUGAAUCUCGGUGGUUGGCUGGUGGCCGAGCACUGGAUGACCAACACCGCCGACUUCUGGCAAGGAGUGAGCGACGACGACGCCGGCAAGGGCGAGUACACUGCCAUCACCAAGGCGGCCAACCCGGACACCAUCCGUUCGAACUUGAAAAACCACCACAACACUUUCAUCACAGAAAGUGACAUUGCCGACAUUGCUGCGGCUGGUCUCAACACUGUCCGUGUCCCCGUAGGCUACUGGAUCGUGGGCUUCGACAACGACGAUCCCAGUGGCCAGGCCGCGUGGACGCAGUACUCGAACGGCACGUUGAAGUAUCUAGACGCCCUCAUCACGGACUGGGCCAAGAAGCACAAUGUCGCCGUGCUCAUUAGCAUGCACGCCGCUAAAGGCUCACAGAACGGCGCAGACCACUCGUCCCCUAGCGACCCGGGCAAGUCGCACUGGAGCGCGUACGACGAGAACGUGGCCAACACGAUUGCGAUGGCCACGUUCCUGGCCGACCGCUACAAGAACGAGGACGCGUUCCUGGGUAUUGGGCUGCUGAACGAACCUAACGCCUCGACGGAUGAGGACAAACUGUACGCGUACUAUGAGAAGACGUACGCAGCCAUCCGCGCGACGGGCAACGACUGCGUGUUGAGCGUGGCUCCGUUACUGUAUAAGCAGUCGCCCGACGUCAUGACGAACUUUAUGCAAGCACCAAGUUACACGAACGUGUGGGUUGAGUGGCACCCGUACUUUGUGUGGGGAUACGAGGACACUAGCGACUACGAUCUGACCAAUACGGCCGUCAAGGUUAAUUUCCAGAACAGCGUGAGUCAGUGGAACGCGCGAGAGAAUCACAACCGCCUCUUCAUCGGCGAGUGGAGCUUCGCCACGGCCGGCAAAUUCUCCGACAACCAGGAAGGAUACUACGAGUUCUGUCAAGCUAUGAUGGAUGUCAUGUACCAGGCUGGCGCGGGUUUUACCUUCUGGAGCUGGCGGAUCUACGGCGAUGAAUCUGGAUUCAACGCCUGGUCGCUACGCAGUGUGCUGCGCGAUGACCGGCUCAACGCCAUCUUCUUCCCCAGUGCGACAUAGAGCUAACUAAGACCGAAUUGUUGUUUGUGCCGCAGCAGUCAAGAAAUACUAAUAAGAAAAUAUAAAAUCGAGCAUCGCCCACAAGUUCUAGGAUG